AUGCGCAAGAUCUUGGGCCCAAAGCAAAGAAAAGACGGCAGUUGGAGAAUCCGCUACAAUGCUGAAAUCGAGGCGCUGGUGGGCGAGCCGAAUAUCCUAGGAGAAGCCAAAGCUCACAGACUCCGAUGGCUUGGCCACCUUAUGAGGAUGGGGGAAGAUCGGAAUGCCAAAGCAGCGUAUCUCGGGAUCCCGACUGGCCGCCGACCUAUCGGCCGACCUAGAUACCGCUGGCGUGACGCUGUAGAGCUAGACCUGCUGGAGCUACAAGCGAUGGACUGGCAGGAGAAGGCACAGGACAGACAAGUCUGGCGAUCUCUUGUUGUUAACCUACGGGGAACUAUUAGAGAGGGCGAUGUGGAGACACCUUUAUUCGACCUCUAUCCUUGA